AUGGGUCUCGUCUGUAAGAAGACGGCAACGGGGGCCCGUAUGUUCGAGCUCCCGGAGAGUGCGGGCGAGGGAACAGCUGAUCUCCUCGCACGAAAACUCCAAGAGCUGGCUCCUGAAGCGAAGAUCGCCAGGCCCAUACAGUGUGCCGAACUGCGCAUUACGGGUCUGGACGACUCGGUCGGAAAGGAGGACGUCCUCGCAGCCGUUGCACGACAGGGAAGUUGCUCAGCCGAGCAUAUCAAGGUCGGGCAGGUGCGGUUUCGAGGAGACUUCGGCACCGGCGCAGUCUGGGUGAAGUGUCCCGUCAUAGCUGCCAAGACACUCGCUGACGCUGGUCGAUUGUUGGUCGGCUGGUGCUCGGCGAGGGUGCAGACACUCGAGCCUCGCCCAAUGCGAUGCUUCCGGUGCCUGGAGAUAGGACACACUGGCAUGCGGUGCCCGUCAACCACCGACCGCAGCGGUCUGUGCUUCCGCUGCGGCGGUGAGGGGCAUACGGCCAGUGAUUGCAGGAAGGAGCCGCAUUGCCUGGUCUGCGCAGCAGCUGGAGCUCCCGCAAACCAUAUGGUGGGUGGGAAGAACUGUCACCCGCCUAAGAGAAGGAAGAAGGGUAAGGGGCCCAUAAACACCUCGGCCCCGACCACUAAACCUGCCGGUACGGAGGAAGCUACAACAACACUCUAA